UGGAGCAAAGCCAGGACAGCAAAUGUAAAAUGAGGAACAAAAACAGAAGGCAUCGUAGAAAAGAGCUUGAGCAAAAAGACCUCGAAGAUGGGGUGAUUACCAUUCCGAACUAUUUAGUCAAAAACGGAUUGAGAUAUGUUGAAAAAUAGCCAAUUUGCUUUUAGAACUUAUGUAAAAGGACGGUGGGUCGGCCGAACACUCCUUGAUGUCCUUGAAGAUGAAUUCAAGACCAAUGAUAGAGAAUAUUACGCACAAGCUAUUCAAGAUCAAAGGAUAUUGAUAAAUGAACUACCAACCACUGAAGAUCACGAAAUUGACCUGAAGGAUGAGCUUACACAUUAUAUUGAGAGAAUUGAGGUUCCCAUAAUUGAUCCUACUCUUGAAAUAAUCGAAGAAAAUGAUGAAUAUCUAAUUGUGAAUAAACCUUCUUCUAUUCCUGUUCAUCCAUGUGGAAACUACAAGUACAAUUCUUUACAACUGAUAUUACAAAGAGAGCAUGGAUAUGCUGAGCUAAGGGUUUGUAAUAGACUUGAUAAACAAACAUCAGGAAUUGUGUUUUGAGCAAAAUCCAUUGAAGCAGCAAAUAAUUUCAACGCUGAUCUUAAGAGUCUUGGUCAAAUCAAGAAGGCUUAUUUAGCAAGAGUUAUUGGGAAAAUAGAUGUGAACAAGGAAACUGACGAUUUUACACUUAUACCAGAUGAGCCUUCAACUUUCCUGGUAGAUAAAGCACUAUUUAGACCAAAGAGUUCAUAUUGAACCACUAUUCCUCAAGAUGAUGGCAAGAAGGGCAAAGACUCUCAGACAAAAUUCCAGUUUUUGUUUUAUGAUGAAGAUUCAAACACUUCUGUUCUAAAAUGUUUCCCAAUCACUGGAAGGACACAUCAAAUCAGGGUCCAUCUUAAGUCAAUUGGGCACCCAAUAGCUAAUGAUCCAAAAUAUGGAGGUGAACUGUUUAAUGAUAUCCCUGAUCUUCCAUCUAUUGAUGAAGAAGCGAAAGAAGAUCCUUCUGAUCCCUAUACUCCAAAGCUAAUAGAAGGGAUGUGCUUAAAAAUAUGGCUGCAUGCAUAUGAGUACACUUUCAAAGGAAAAUGCUACUCAACUGAACUGCCUGAUUGGGCAACUCAGGAGUAUAAAAUACCUCAUCGGUUCUCUUACGAAUAUUAGUGGUCAAUAUGUUA